GGGGAGAGGCUUUUGCGGCAGAACGUAAGUGACGGCGAGCGCGGCGCGACAGCAGCUGGAGGCAGAAGAGGCGGGGCGGCGGUCCUGUCCUCGCCAUGAGGCCGCAGCAGGCGCCGGUGUCCGGGAAGGUGUUCAUCCAGCGCGACUACAGCAGUGGCACUCGCUGCCAGUUCCAGACCAAGUUCCCCGCGGAGCUGGAGAACCGGAUUGAUAGGCAGCAGUUUGAAGAAACAGUUCGAACUCUAAAUAAUCUGUAUGCAGAAGCAGAGAAGCUUGGGGGCCAGUCAUAUCUUGAAGGCUGUUUGGCUUGUUUAACAGCGUAUACCAUCUUCUUGUGCAUGGAAACCCAUUAUGAGAAGGUUCUGAAGAAAGUCUCCAAAUAUAUUCAAGAACAGAAUGAGAAGAUAUAUGCUCCCCAAGGCCUCCUUCUGACAGACCCCAUUGAGAGAGGACUUCGAGUUAUUGAAAUUACCAUUUAUGAAGACAGAGGUUUGAGCACUGGAAGAUAAGCCAUAGAAUUAAAGAUUCCACCUCCGGCUGGACCCCUCCUCUGUCCUCGGGCGAUCACAGUGUCCCUACCUCCUCUCCAGAGCGUCAUUCCUUUGUAUCUGCUGCCAGAGCCAUGGUGCCACCUACGCCAAGGACUAACUUUCUAAAUUCCACCCCUGGAGUGACUUCUCCUCGCUCAGCAUCCACUGUGUGGCUCCAAAUUGUGUAGGAUUCUGUAAUCUUUUGAUUAACUUCUGAGAAAAGACAAUGAAGCAGUUCACUUUUUUAAUCCACAGUCAUUUAAUAAAGUUUGCAGUUAGAGGGCCUAAUGCAAAGUUUGUUUCUUACCUGCUACCAGGUAAGAAAUUUCCAUUUCCUUGAGCCAGUUUCCCUAGUAGGUUAAAACUUCAAGAAGUCAUAUCUUAGCCAAAAUUCAGAUUGAUGAAAAGCUUUUCUCUAGGUGAGGGGUGUAUUAUGCCUGCGGUUUUGCCAAUGCAUCUCCCAGAUUUCAGAGAACUACCAUUUCUGCCAUGAUUCAAAUCUUAAGAUUUAUUUCUGCCGUUCAGUUUCUCAAGCCGAAGCUCAAUGAAAAAAGAAAAAAAGUAUAAUAUUGUUUGUUUUAUUACAGCAGUUCUUGCUAAUUAAAUCAGUAUUUAAUGCAAUGUUCAUUCUCUUCUUGGGAGAUUUAGGUUGAUUUGCAUUACCUUUGGAUGUUGGGAAGAUGUGGUAUGUGUUGCUUGUUCCUUUACACAAAUAAGUAAGCACAAUGAAAUGGAUGCCAAGCUGUCAAAUACAUAGAUGUCCCUGCUCUGUUCCUGAAUGUGUAAUACAUGGUAUAAUAAAUACUUUAAUUAUAGUUUUGUUAUAAAUAUAACUUAUGAGAAAAAGGUUGAUAGGGAUAAUACUGUAUAUUGCUAAUUUUUAAUCCUACUCACAAACUUUCUGAUCCAUAUUCUCCUCAUAUACAGUAUUCAGUACACAGAAACUUUUAAGUUUGGUUCAAGUAAAGUGAGCUAACUGACUUCCAUGUGAAACUUUCAAGUCUUCAGUCAAGAUUUCUAGUUCUGUCUCUACGUUCUUAGUAUUGGAGAUUCUUAUGUCCUCUUUUUUUCAGGAUUUGAGAGCACUGUAUUUGGGAGAAAGUUAAGUAUAUUAGAGAAUGAAGCAGUUUAAAAGUUCCAACUUUCAAAGAUAAUGUAGGUGCUAAUACUGGAUUUAGUCUUACAAAUUUAAUUUCUGAGUCUGGUAGUUAAUAUAUCCCAUCUGACUGUGUAAUAUUUAAUUGUAUAAAACUCAUUUGUUACUUUAUAGCCUGUAAUAGUCUGUCUGUCUGCCUUUAAAACCUGUUGCAAUAACUAACUUUGCUGAAAUAACAUAUUAGUAAAACUUUUCUUAAACAAA